AUGGCCAACAGUCUACAACUAAGUGCCUUUCCACGUCGACCAGGUCUCUACGACCCACAAGCAGGAGGUCGCCUUCCCCCAAACUACCUAGGAGGUAUGGGCGGCCUCCCAAUGCACCCACGCCGUCGCGAUCCCUACAUGGCAGCCAACCUCCCACCUCACCACCAUGGCGGCCUCGACCCACGCAUAGCAGCAGGACCACUCCGUCGAAUGCCCCUCCAACAACGAACCCCCUACUAUUACGACGAAGACCUCGACCCCCUCGAUCCCUCCCUCGCCUACAUGGGCAAACCACGCUCCGUCCCUCAUCCCCACAUGCACAUGCCCUACGACCCUUACCACGCCUACCACCCACCCUGCUCCUGUGGCUCUCACCACUCCAACAGCUGCUCCUCCUCCAAACUUUCCUCCUCCUCUUCCUCCUCCUCCAAAUCAGACCUCAAAACCAAAGACCUCUUCAUCCGCUCCAAGAUCUACUCCGUGCGCGCCUCCUACCUCGCCGAAUCCCCCAAAUUCGAAGCCGAGCUCACGAAACUCAUGGACAAGAAAAAGGAAGACCAGAUCCCGUCGCGCAUCAUCAGUCUGCUCAUAAACUACAUCAACAAGGAAAGCUAUUCCAACGACAACGUGCUCGAUGAGGUCACGCUGCACGUGGUCUGCACGACUGUUAAUUGUAAAAGUGCCGCGGAGUAUGCGCUUGAGAGGCUGAAAAGGUUUACGAAGGAGGGCCAUGAGAUUCCUGUCGAGGAGCUGUGUCAGAUUUGCGUGGCUAUCUUUUGUAGUGAGAAGGUCGAGGAGAAGUUGAAGGAAUGGUUGAAGACGCAUAUGAAGGGGGCGGGGAAUGAGGCGCUUGGGAGGAGGAGACAGGCGCUGCUGGGGGGGUGUAAGAAGUGGGUUGAGUUGAUGGAUAAGAAGCCUGAGGUUGGGACUAGACUUGAGGUGCUUCUCGAUUUGAGGGUUAAGGAUGAUGAGGGGGGGUAUCGGAUUUUGUGA